AUGACCUCAGAGAGUUUUGCAGAGUUCCUGAACAAGCUCAAGGAAAUCCAUGAGAAAGAGGUCCAAGGUCUGCACAGCAAGCUGACGGAGCUGACGACAGAGAAGUGCCGUGAUGCUCAGAGAAUUGAAGAGCUGUUUGCUAAAAAUCACCAAUUAAGGGAACAACAAAAGGUCCUUAAAGAAAAUGUAAAGGUGUUAGAAAACAGGCUGCGAGCAGGUCUCUGUGACAGAUGCAUGGUCACCCAGGAGCUGGCCAAAAAGAAGCAGAAUGAGUACGAGACCUCUCAUUUCCAGAGCCUGCAGCACAUCUUCGUCCUCUCUAAUGAGACAAAUCGCCUGAGGGAAGAGAACAAAACUCUCAAGGAAGAACUGAAGAAGCUCCGGAGCUUGGAGGACAGGGCAAAGAACCCAGGAGUCACCUCCAGAGAAAGCACCUCCACACCAAGCUCUCCAUUGCCUUUACUGUCCCCGGUGAGCAGAAAUGUUGGCACCGAGAAAGCAGCUCACAGGGAAGCAGAAGAAGCCCACCAUGGUGUGGCAGACCUUGAGCUGGGAGAAGAAAAGCCUGCAGCACAGAGAAGCUCUCCAAGCAGCAGGACUUCCCCAGGCACUGUCCUCCAAGAAGUCAGCCUUGCAGAAAUGGCAUCCCAGAGGAUUUCCAACCAGCUGCAUGGAACCAUUGCCCUGGUGAGACCUGGUUCCAGGCCCUGUCUCCUGGAGAAAAGUCCUUCAGGAACAGCAGUGUCCCCACCAGCAAGGAAGACUCCUCUCCCUCCGGAGCGUGAGCACAGCCCCAGCCUGGAGGCUUAUUUAACAGCAAGCAAACUGGACUCACCCAAGGCCGCUCCAUCCUACGAAACCCUAAAACUGACCACUCGGAGAGAGCAGCUCUGCCUCCUCCACAAGCACCUUUCGCUGCACCAGCUGGGGCUGGCGAGUCACUGCACCUCGGCUGAGCGGGAUGGCAGCAGCUUCUCCAGCCAUUUGCUCAGGACCAAGGAUGCCGAGGGCAGGACACGGUCACGAGACGGCUGGGAAGAUCACGCAGCCUUGCUGAAGCUCCCUGCCACCAUGGUGUACGUGAGGGAUCAGCAUCUGGAAGAAAAACUGCACCUCCUCAAGCACCGGGAGCGGCUGCAGCACCUCCUCAUGCAGCAGUGCCAGCCAGGCCAGCGGGCAGAGGGAGACACCAAGCUCAAACCCGAGGAGCGGCCCCUCUCCCCGUGGCUGAGCAUCGCGGCGGGAUGCAAGGAGGAAAGGUCCUUCCUGGAGGAUGCCGCGGAUGGGAAGGAAGAGAAGGAGCUUUGGCUGAGCCGAGAACGCCCCGAGCUCCGAGCAAAGGUGAAGGAGGCAAGGGAGGAUGAUGCAGACACGCCACUGGAUCUGUCAGACUCCGGCCGUGGCAGGGAAACAGACUGGCACCACCGCCGGGAGCUGCGGGGGUGCGGCAGCCCCGGGGAGAGCCCCGCUGAGCUGACAGCCCGCGGCCCUAGUGGGAGACACAGGGCACAGCGGGACGACCUGCGCUUCCCCUACCACUGGCCCAGUGCCACCCGGGCACUGCCUGGUGCUGCCAAGAAGGAAGAGGAGGAGGAAGAAGAUGCACCUGUGCUCGCGCUCUCACGGGCACAUCUGACAAACAACUCCACAUCGAGCAACCCAGAGGCCCUCCCUGAGUCUGGGGUGAGACGGGAUGUGAGUGCACAGAAGGGAGAAGCAGAUGACAAUGAUGCUGAGUCUGGGAAGCAGGAAUCCGAUGAGCCAGACACAACGGACAGCGAGGGGGCUCCCCCGUAUGAAGACGAUAUCCUACAAGAAGCCGAGGCUGAUGGGAAAUACUUUUGCACCAAAGACAAAGCUCAUGUGCAGCAGAAGAAGAGAAAAAGAGGACAGGAUCCUUGGACGAAAGGAGCUAAGAAGUCAAUGAGAGGAAGAAAGAAAAUCAAAGUGGAGCAAUGCUCAGUGGGGAUCACAAAGGAACUGGAAAAUUGCUCUGCUUCCCACAAUGAUACCUCUGAGGAGACUUAA